AUGUCUGCCGAACUUGCUGUCGUCUACGCUGCUCUCAUCCUUGAGGAUGACAAUGUCGAAAUCACCGCUGAUAAGCUCCAAACCCUCGUUGCUGCUGCUGGUGUUGAGGUUGAGCCUAUCUGGUUCUCCCUCUAUGCUAAGGCCCUCGCUGGUCAAGACCUCAAGGCCCUUCUCUUGAACGUUGGUGCUCCUGGUUCCGGUCCCGCUGUCUCUGCUGGUGCCGCUGCUGGUGCUGCUACUGAUGCUCCCGCUGAGGAGGCCAAGGAAGAGGAGAAGGAAGAGUCUGAUGACGAUAUGGGUUUCGGUCUCUUUGAUUAA